AAGUUAAAUAACACUAAGAUAUAUUAUCUAAUCUACAAUAAAGAAUUUUUAGGAAUUAAAGAUUAUAUAAACGAAUGGAAUUACUACUGCCGAGGAAAUAAGCAUAAAAUUAAAAUCUACAUAAACUAUAAAAAUAUUACGUUUUUUACUACUACCCAGAAAUUAUUUAAACGCUAA